AUGGAUACACCCCAAGUGCAAGUAGGCGGCCCGGAGGUCAUCCCAGUCCCAGAAAGCACGCAGAACACCGAGGCCCCUGAUGUGGAGAUGAAGGGAUCUCAAAAUGCAGUGAAUGAGAGCCAAGCAGAUAACACACAAGACAUCACCUUACCCGACGCGCAACCAUCAAGCUCAGAGCCGAAGCCAGCAGAAGCUGCAGCCGCACCACCGCCUCCUAAGAAGAAGCCAGGGCUUCAUUUUCUUGACUACCUGACAUCACCGAUUGUGGAACUUGCCGUUGGUCAGGGCGACAACAAGACCCUGUUGACAGCGCAUCAGAGCUUGCUAUUAGAAUCCCCUUUGCUUGGUGAGGCUGUCGCAGCAUUCGGAGAAUCAGGUCAUAGGCGCAUUGAACUUCCAGAUGAGGAUGUUGAAGCUUUCGGCUGCUUCCUUCAGUUCCAAUAUACCCACGAGUACUCUGCCUCUCACAGCGAUUCUUCCGCCGACCAAGACGCUGUUAUCGGAGAGAUUGACGACAGCGGCGAGAAGUUGCUGAAACAUGCUCGUGUUUACACCUUAGCUGAAAAGUUGGGAAUGCCCGCGCUCAAGACGUUGGCGCACUCCAAGAUCCAUAGAAUUAACAGUACCUCGCACGGCGAAAUCGCAUAUGCCCGCUACGUCUAUACACAUACCCCCAUUGACGAUGUAACAAUCCGAAAGCCCGUGGCCUCUUUCUGGGCUACCAGAAGCCAUGUUCUGCGACACGAGGCUGAACAAGAGUUCAAGAAGCUGUGUCUCGAAGUGCCUGAGUUCUGCUUUGAUGUGCUCUCUCUAGUUCUAGAUCAGAAAGAGAAGCGCGCUCAGGACAGAGCAGAAACAGAGUCCGGUGUCAAGGGAAGUGGUCGAAAGCGUCUGAGAAGCGGCAUUUGA